UAUCGUUGGCUUUGGCUCGGGUGCGUCGAAGUUCCUUAGGUUCGCAAACUCCUUCCACUGUGAUGAGGCCAGGACAUUGGAGCUAGAAGCGAGAUGCGACGGUGAAGUCGACUGCGACGACAGGACUGACGAAAUGAGCUGCGAAUAUGAUCCGUGCAACCUCCCACGAAGCAAGAAGUUCAGCUGUCGGACCGGCGGGCAAUGCGUUCUCCGAGAUUUCAAAUGCGACGGCCGGAAAGACUGUACCGAUGGAUCGGAUGAAAGCAAUUGCACGAAGGCGGAAUCCUGCCUCCCUGGUCAAUUCGCCUGCGCGGACGGCUCGCGCUGCCUGGCGAAGUCUUUCGUGUGCGACGGUGUCUACGAUUGCGAGGAUAAAUCCGAUGAGAAUCCGCGGGAAUGUAACGCCACGAUCAGCGGCUUCAUAAAUUGUUUAUAUAGAUUCAGAUGCUCUAUGUACCUGUGCCUAGAAGACGACAAGUACCUCUGUGACGGUAUAAAGCAUUGUCCUGACGGUAGGGACGAGUCCGACGAGGGCUGCCUCAAACAUGCGGACUGCAAGAAUUGUACCCAGCGAUGCACGCGGCACAGUCAUGGCGCCUCGUGCGGCUGCAAUCAAGGUUUUUCUCUCGCGGACGAUGGAGUGACCUGUGUGGACAUCGAUGAAUGCGCUCUCGGACUCUGCAGUCAAUUAUGCAAGAACAAAGAAGGAUCCUUCGAGUGCGGCUGUCGCCCCGGCUUCACGAAAGUCAAUGCGACUAAAUGCGCCAAUACAAAAGCAGCGACACUCGUGUGGUAUCGAGGCGACCUGUCUCGACAAGAGAUCAUCCUUGAAACGAAUGGCACUUCCCGGAAGAUAGAAAUACCCGGGCAGGUCACGGAGAAGAAGAAGGUCCCUUCGAUAUUCAUGCCACCAAUGUUCUUCGACAUCGACAACGAAAAGAUCUUCAUCCGAAUCGGCAACUACCUGUACAGCAUGGACUUGAAGGGGCGCCGCUAUUCACGACCGCAGCUCUCUCAACUCCUACACCCGCCUUUCCAAAUGUCGGAUUUCGCCGUCGAUACCAUAACUGGGAAUAUAUACGCGGCGAAACUCAAGGGAACGAGCAUAUACCUCUGUCGGUCGGGAGAAACGUGCAUACCUCUGGUGACUGGUCGCCGCGACGUCGUUAGCCGACUCCAAAUCGCUCGUCUCGAAAACGGCACGAGGCUCCUCUGGCAGGAAGGGUUCGAUAUCAUGUCGAGCAGUUUGGACGGUAUGGAAGUUCGAUCGGUCUUCCGGGUCCUGAGCAAAGAGAAGAUCCGUUAUUUCGUCGUCGAUGAGCCGAGCCAGAAGGUAUACAUCGCCUUAACCAAUCUACUUGAAUUGGACCUGAUGUCGAUGAGGACACGGAUGCUCACCCGACCAGGGCUCGAUUACUCGGACGGAACCCUCUGGAACAUGGAAAUCCACGACGACACAAUUCUGAUCCAGCUUGUGAACAUGCAAGCCGUAAACCAAAACCGAGGGGAUUAUCUCGAAAGUCGAGUCAUCAAGCUGGACCGACAGACUGGAGACCAUCUCGGCCAUCUUAAGGUACCUCGGGGAGCGCAGCUGCAUUCCAUACGGCGACGCUCGGAUGCUCAAGUCCGCAACCCGUGUUGGAACGAGCCUUGUAGCCACAUCUGCGUUGGCGAUUCCGCUCCCUUAAGAUUCAAAUGCCUCUGCCCACCGGGGAUGCAUCUCGACGACGGGAGCGAUGUCGUUUGCGUCCCUCAGGAAGGCGAGGAGCAGAUUUUCUUCGUGAAUGGUACCCGAGUAUCGACUUAUGUUUUCGAGGAGGAGACUCUGUACCACAAUCAGGACACCUUACUCAACUCCGCGCCACUCGCCAUCGCAGCGGAUCUCGACAUGAACUUGAUCUUCGCCACGCGGAGGGGGCUCUUCGCCUUGCAAAGAGAUGGAUCCCGAAAGGCAUUCGGAUCCGGCUUGCAGAACAUUCGUUCCAUGGUCGUGGAUCCGACGGAUGAUGUGUUGUACGCUGUAAACAAGGUACUUUACGCCGAAAACAUGAAAGGAGAAGUGUACAGCAUGGUGAUAGGUCAGUGGUCACGGACCCAUCUCCUCGACCUCCCAAAACCCUCCCAGGACGGCCAGAGAACAUGGACUUUCGCUGCUGCGGAAAGUAGAAUCCGGACCGAUGUUUCAUUGGUUCUCAGGGCAGGAUACUGCGGUCUCGUGCACGGUGACGAUAUCGGUUUCGACUGCCAACGUUCCGGUCUCAAGGGAAAGCAGUGCGAUCAUAUCGAUCACGAGACCCGUCUGCUGGCUCGGGCUGGACCUCCCCUCGUCGCAAGCGACGGAUCAGCCUGCGAUUCUUCGAAAUGCGAAUUCUGUGUUAGCGCUCCCGGAAAGACCGUCCUCGAAGAAGUCUGCAUCUGUCCCUAUGGACACGAGCUCGGAGCCGAUGGAAAAUCAUGCAGCAAAUCAUGUGGGGCUCACAUGCUACGCUGCUCAUCGGCUGACGGCAUGUGCAUCCACGAGAAAAGAAGAUGCGACGGUUCGCGCGAUUGCUCGGACGGCUCCGACGAGCUGAACUGCGAGUCACACCACUGCGGUGGGAACUUCAAGUGCGUCUCGGACGGCAGAUGUAUCUUGAAGAAGUUCAAAUGCGAUGGCAUGAAGGACUGUCACGACGGAUCGGACGAAGCCGGCUGCCCGGCACGCAACUGUACAGCCUCGCAAUUCAAAUGCGAAGACGGCACCUGUCUGAGUCCAGUGAAGAGAUGCAACGGAAUUCCGGACUGCUUCCACGGGGACGACGAGAGAUCCUGUCCGAAAGUCGUUUGCAAAAAAGGGGAAUUCGACUGCGGCAACGACAAGUGCAUUCCGGAGGAGUGGGUCUGCGACUUGACUCCGGAUUGCCCGCAAGCCGAAGACGAGACCAACUGUCCGGCGCUGAGGGCCAAGAUCGGGAAACUCCAAAAUCCUGCCUGCGAUCCCCAUUAUGAGUUCUGCUGCAAAAGUGGAGAGAAGUUGCCGCUGGAAUUACGCUGCAACGGAAUAGAGGAAUGCCUAGACCGCAGCGACGAGCUCGGCUGUCCCUCUAUGUGUAAUCCUCCCCGAUUCCGUUGCAACAGCGGUGCUUGUCUGGGCGAAGACCAAGUGUGCGACGGCAUCGCUCAGUGUCCAAACGGAGCCGACGAGCACAACUGCCAGGGCAAAUGCGAUUCGAAAGGUCUUCACGAAUGUCGCGCGGACGGAACUUGCAUACCCCUGGCGAAACUCUGCGACGGGACGCGGGACUGCUCCGACGGCUCCGACGAGCUCAACGACGAUUGCCCGAAGACCCAACCGCCCCCAGCGAACCCACGUGAGUUGAGGAGUUCCCGGAGGAUUCCGGCGGAUCUCCGAUACCGAUCCGAAUCUUCGAAUCCUAAGACUCGGUUUUCCUUUCAAGCGUGUUUUGUUGACGAAUUCCAAUGCGACGACGGGAAGUGCAUUCCUCUCAGCCAAGUUUGCGACAAGAAGAGACAUUGCGACGACGGAUCAGACGAAGACGUUUUGUGCAAGGACUCCGAAUGCGGGGAAGCCGGAUGCUCGCACGAUUGCGUCGCCCAAGGAGACAGCAUCACUUGCUUCUGUCCGCCCGGUUAUCGCCUGAUGGAAGAUGGCCGAACUUGCGACGAUGUCAACGAAUGCAUCGAAACCCCCGAAGUCUGUUCCCAAUUUUGCGAGAACCUAAAGGGCUCCUACGAAUGUUCGUGCGUCGAGGGUUUCCUGAAGAACAGCCGCGGCGAGUGCCGCGUCGAAAAAGGCGACGGCAGACUGCUCACGGUACAAAACGGAGUAAUCGAAGCCAUCCCCAUGAAGAGAAAUGCCAAAAGAGACUUGCUCUUCAAUUCACCCAACACGCACGUAGGAGGUAUCGAUUACGACGUGGCUUCGGAUGCAAUUUUCGUUAGCGACACGACGAGCAACGUCGUCCGCCGCAUAUCAUUCGACGAAUCCAAUCGACGCCGCCCCGAAAUAGCUCUCGCCCUGGUAGAACCCGGAGUUCUUGCGCUUGAUUGGGUCACGAAGAACUUGUACGUCGCUGAUUUCCGGCCAUCGAUCCAUGUGUGUAAAUAUUAUUAUAAGACGGAUAAGACGGAUAGCGACAGAAGUCAAGUGCACUGCAAGAUUCUGACAGAGGUCCUAAUGAAACCCGCGAACGGACACCCGAAGCCGUCGAUUACCAGCAUGGCAGUCGUUCCAGAUGCAGGGAUCAUGUUUUAUUCCGAGGCGAUGACCGGUUUCAUUUUCCGACAAAACAUGGACGGCACCGAGAGAGCAGAAUUCAGAUGGGCUUUCGGCGAGAGGAGACCUUUGUCCCUGACGGUCGAUCACGCUCAUAGAAAUCUCUAUUGGAUCGAUUCUCGCAGUGGAUUGUUCGAAACGAGUGAUUUUAAAGGGGAGAAGAUUCGCCGACUGCCCCAACGCUUCAAUUACGUGAAAACAUUCGCCCUAUUCGAAGACUAUCUGUACUUCCCCGAACCCAAUAACGAGUUUUGGUAUAGAGUGUCCAAGCAAAGCGGGAUGAUAAGAUCGGAGAAGAAAAGUCCUCUCGGACUCGUAUCGCAAAUUAAAAUCAUGCAUCAAGUCAAUCAACCUGUGGAAAUCAAUCGCUGCCAUGGGGAACCGUGCCAACAGAUGUGUCUCCUGCGACCACACGGGUUCGCCUGCGCCUGCAGGGAUGGUUGGGAGUUGUCCCGAGAUAAUGUUACUUGCGUCCAGAUGACAAUACACGAUCAUGACGUUUUCGAUAAAGAAUGGCAAGAGCAACUUGAAGCUAAAUGCCCAUGCAAGAACGGCGGCAAGUGCCGCUUUUCCCAAACGUCGAAGAUCAUGGGAAAUUACUGCCAAUGCCCAUCGGGCUACCACGGAACUUGGUGUGAAUCAGGACCGUCCGGCAGCGUGGUUCUGACCGUGGUACUGAUCUGCUGCUUCUUCAUCCUCGUCGCGGGAGCUGGAGUUUACUUGCUGAAUGCCAGAGCUAAGCAGGAGCGCCACAAGAAAGUUCUUUGCACGCAAGACGGAGGCGAUCGAUUGAUUCUAAUCGAGAAAGAAGUAGUACCUGAUGUUGAAUACUGAGAACGCCCCGGGAACGUUUUAAGACCCCAAGCUGCCCCUCUCCCCACGUGACUAGGAAUCGACCGAUUGGAAUCUCGGUCGUGAUUUUGGAUAUUUUAAAAUAAAUUUACGACAACGACUUUCUUAA